CUAUAUACAAGUAGGCAACGUCACGCGCCCACGCGGCUGCUCUGCGCCGCCCCAACUCUAUGGCGCGCUUAAAAGCGCGCCGUCCGCCCGCCUAAGCGCAUUCGACAUUUGCAAGGCCUAGUAACAUGUGCUGAGAUCACUGCACUUACUGACGUGAAUAUAACGAAUCGGACUUUCAAUAAAAUGGCCCAGAUAACUAUCACCCUCACACUGCUCGCCGCUCUCCUAAUGCUGCAGGGUGUCAGCGCUAAACGUGGCUGUUCUGCUUUCGGCCACUCCUGCUUUGGCGGCCACGGCAAAAGAUCCGGGGACACUAACAAUAUAGAUUCCUCUAACCCCGAACUGAUGAUGCAACGGCAAAUGGGCCAAGAAGAAAUCCCACCACACCCUGGCUACCCUCGUUCUGGCUUUAGCGGCCUGCUGCCGGCCGGAGAUGAUAUCAUUCCUGUAAGGGAUGGAGGUAUCUACGAUCCGGAGAACAGCGCCGCGGCCCGCGAGGUAAUGAAGUUUAAACUUCGAAACAUCGUCAAGCACUGGAUGGACAACUACAGGCGGGCGCAGCCGAACAACGACGAAGGCUACUUCGCGGAGACAUUGUAAAUUAUGCAACUGCAACACUAUGUGCAAUUAUAACACUGUCAUAUAAAAGCUUGGUUUUCAUACUUGGUUUUAAAAUACGAAUGAAAGCAAUACUUACCUAAUAACUUACUAUUGUGACGCGACGACCUGAAAUAAAUCUUGGUCUCCGACACCAAAGACUGCCAAUGGUUAUCUGUCCAAAGCCGUUUAUGUCCAAUCGACAAAAAAAUAAUUGAAUGAAAUCAGAAAUAAAAAUAAUAAUAAAGAGAAACGAUAAUAAAGAGAAUAAUAACUCCACGGCCGAUUCGGCCACGGCGACUGCUAUCAAAAUCGUUGCUCUGUGCAAAAAAAUCAAAAAUGACUUAAAUGAAAGCAAUACUUAAUUUAAAUGAUUUCUAAAGUGCGUUUUAGGUUGAAGUGUAAUGCUACUUUCUUUUUUAAGGGAAUAUAAUCUCAAAUCCUGUUUAAAUUGUUAUUGCCAUAAUGUAAAAGAUUGGUUUAAAGACGCGCUUAGAAGUUCGUUUUAAGAUGUGGAUUAAAAUAAAUGAACUGCUUAAAAAAGCCUGUGUAAGGUACUUUUGAGUGUUUCGAUAUUUUUUUGCAAACUGAAAUUGAAAAGACUUAGAAUAAGCUCAUGUGCACUUUUAAAUCGAAGUUAUUCUUUAAAAAUAUGUGAAAAAAGAGAACGAGAGGUAUCUACUGUUUGUAUUUAUGCUAUGUUAACCAAGCUUUUAAGUCUCAAAACAUAAAAAUAUGGAUGUCACUGGAAUCUGAGCUCUCUUCCGUAAAAUAUCUUAGAUGACACAGUUAACCGGCAUUCUAGUGAAAUUAUUUGUGGAAUAACUCUUGCAAAGUCGUAUGAAACAGAAAUUGUGUUUAAAUCAAAUAGCUGUUUCGUUUUAAAUAUACUUUCCCUCUGUUGAUUUGGCUUUGCAAAAAUUGUUCUUCGGCUGAUUUGAGGUAAAAACUGCCAAUUGUUCAUUGUAAAGGGCGCUUAGGGAAAAAGUAUAUUUCACAGGUUUGUUUAUUGUUUAUAUUUUCCGCCUUCCGUCGUUAUAAAAACAUCCGUCAUUUAAUUAAAGGCUUGGAAUUUGAACAAUUUGCUUCUAUCAUUAGUAGCAGUACCACGAGUUGACACUUUAUGUUUACGCUAGCGACUGCGUAAUCUCGAUCGCAGUCCAUCUCGCUCGCACUGUAUUGGCGCGAUACAGAGGGAAUGCUAUCAAGUUCACGCAGCCGCUAACGUAAAUGUCAAAUGCCAGCUCGUGGUAGCCGUAUAUGUAGAUCAUUCAGAUUUUUUCCGAGAGCGUAUUUUGUGUUGAACUUUUAUCGCGUUAUUCAUAAACGCGUUACAAGCUUUAAUUAACUAUUAAUCGUUUUAUAAAACAUCAAUUAACUAAUUAAGGCUUGUAAAGGUUUAUGAAUACGGGGCCGGUGGUUAGUUUUUAUCUAGUUGACCUGACUUAAAAAAAAAAUUGAUCGGCUGAAAUACCAGUACCCGUACCAUGAGUCACUGACAGUGUCAAAACUGACAUAAACGCUAUCGAGAACGUAAUUUACUUUCUAUACGUCUCGCUCGCACUAAUAUGCGAGUACCCGCGAGAUGAAAGUAAGUUACGAUAGCGUUUAUGUCAAUGUCAAACUGGCUGUCAACUUUCAAAUUUAACAAUAACUGUAGAAUGGCGUCUAACCGACAAAAUAACUGAGAAGGAAUGUAUCUAGAUAUAAAAUAAAAUAAAAAUAUUACCGGUGGAACCGGUGAUUUAGAAAUAUAUCUAUAUAUGAACGAAAUUUGUUUCAGCUUGAAUUAUUGUUUUAUAUCCGGUAAUAGGCAAGAUAAGAAAAUAACAGCAAGUUAUUAGUUUGGUAGUGAAGUCAAAAUGUUAAAAGAAAAUUAAGUGUAUAAAGUCUAGUCCUUCCUGGUAACAAAAUAAAUUUAUUCUAUCCUCGUAAGACCCACCAAUCCCACCAUAUAAAGUUUUUCAAUUUUUAAUUUGAACCUUAUUCUAUUAGUAAAUUGGAACGAAUUUCGUUUGUUUUACAACGCAGUGAAACAACAGAAAUGUUACUUUAUUUGUUUCAUCAAAAGGUUCAAUUUAGAUUGCAAUGAAUAUGUACAUUUUAAUGUACAUUUAGACUCACGAGGCUGAUAUAGUAUCAAUUAUCUCAAAUAAUUUUUUCGGGCUCGGGCCCGACAUAAGUAACGGGAACAAGCCCGUUUAAAAAGCAAAUUUACCAUCUUAUUUAUAUGGUUAAAAUUCACGAAACAACCCAUUCGGAGAUAACACGUUUUAAAGAAAAUGCCACCCUGAUUGUUCUCUGAAUGAGCUGUCACAUAAAUUUGAACCUUAAUACUAUCACAAUAGUUGCUUUUUAAACGACAUGGUUGUUUUGGCACGUGCUGUAGACCGCUUUUAAAAGAAACAAAGGCUUUUGUUUUACAGCUUAGGGCCCGAGUCCGAAAAAAUGAUCUGAGAUAACUCAUACCAAAGUUCUCUUUUGACCCUUUUGCAUCCACUAGAUUGCGAAGGGUCCUAAGGAACAUGAAAAGUCCUCAAUAACCAAAAGUUUGACAUUUUUCAUAUUUUAACCUCGUAAGGUUCACGGUCCUACCUACCUAGUACUAAAUUUAAAUAAUUUCCAAUUGAAAUAAAAUUGCAUUUGUUUUGUUUCGUUCAAUUUUCAAACAAAGCAAAAUCAACUCGUUUUCCUUCAUUGUAAGCUCAAGUUUCAUUGGAAAAUUUUGGACUUCUUUCUUGUAUACUGAUCCUCAGAGGACCCAGUUUAUCAAACACGGUAAAUUACACUUUUUGUCGUGUACUCGUAUAGGCGCCAUUGUAUCGCCAGUUUCAAGCUGAAACUAUCUCGUUUUGAUAAGGCUAUGACUUCUGUAUCUACUUAGUGGAUAUAUAUUUGUUCGUCAAUUAUGAAAUUAAAUAUACCUACUUAGGUAAAACUUAUGUUAAUUUAUUUAAAUUAAAGGCUGGACAUAAGAUUAAUUAUUUGAUUAUGAAAUGUUUGUUAUAUUCUGCUUGUAUGUACGCUAUUUUAACUGAGUUUAUAAUAUAAUUAUAAUAUGUAAAUUCAACAAUCGUUACAAAACUUUAGUGUUUUUAAGUGUAAUGUUUAAACAUAAGUUUGCCAUCAAAUACUAUGACGUAGUGCAUACAUGACUCUGUGUUAAGGAUGUUUUUGUGUAUUUUAAUAAAUCGUUAGAAACACUAAAUAUGG